GGCCGCACGCCCCGCCGCCGCCAUCGAGUUCCGCACGCCGCCGCCGUCGAGUUCGACCGCGAGGGCUCCGGGGACAUCCGUCGUCGCCUGCCCCCAGGACCUCUCCAUCCGCCGCCGCCGUCGAGUUCGUUCGCGCGGGCUCCGGGGACAUCCGUCGUCGCCUGCCCCCGGGACCUCUCCAUCACCGUCGCUUUCGCCGUCCAGUUCGUCCGCGCCAUCUCCGGUGGGGAUCCGUCGUCACCUCCCCCGGGACCUCGCCAUCACCGUCGCCGUCGCGUUCAUCCGCGCGGGCUCCGUCGCCAUUCCCGGCUGAACAUCAGCUGUAUUUUCUCCGGUAGGCAGCUUCCCUUGAGAUAGUUGCAGGUUAAAAAAAAUUGUCCUAUUUAUGUUGCGGGGACUGCUCAAAUACUGCCCAGUCACAACUCACGAAUCGUCGGAAGGUGUGUUCAGCCUGGGAGAGUUAGAACUUUUGUUCAGCCUGGGAGAGCUGAACCUGUAUCGUUCUGAUUGGUAAAUGCAAUGGGUCCUCCCAACAAUAAGAAAGGUCCUGGCCUCGCCGUUGAUGCUCUUGAACUUCGAAGAGAGCGGCAACGGACCCGUUGUGCCGCAAUGACAGAUGAGCAAAGAGAGGAAAAGAACAGGAAGCGUCGUGAGGCAUACAGACGGAAAAAGAGCUGUGCAAACAAGGAAAAUGAGCCAGGUUGUAACAUACAUGUUUUCAAAUCGAGUAAUGCUGUUACUAAUAUAGCCAAACAUCCAACAGGAAUUUCUGGCCCGAGACGAGAAAGUGACAGGGCCCUGAGUGACUUGAAUUCAAAUGAUAAAAGGCUUGAAAGGAACAAGAAGAUGCGUGAAGUUUAUCGGAUGAAGAAAGAUGUAACCAAGGGCGCAAAAAUUUCAUCAGAUUUAAAUUUCAAGGAUGGUGCUGCUGAAGAACAUGCACACAUCUCAGGCACUGUCCAGCUUCUGCCCGCUAAUGGCUUACUCAUAUCUAGAUGAGGCUCGAGGCAUUGGUGCUGAUAUAGACCUAUGGGUUUCAGGUGAUCAAUGGUAUUAUUAUCCACUAAAAGAUUAAUCAGGAUCUGAGAUAUAUGAGUUAUCUUCAGAGUUGGUUGCUGAGUAGAGCUCAUUUCAGCCAUAAUAUGAAAAAGACUUAGUUGUUGACGACGCUUGGUGUGUUGUGUGUUGAUCAACGAUAACGACACAUGCAGGCGGUGCGAUGCGACGGUCAACGCAAUCCGAGGGAAAGAGUCCAAUCCGGCUGGCAAAAGCAACCAAGCGACCGACCAGAUGCAUGCUUGCCUGCUCUGCAUUUCCCUUUUUCUGUGUUGACGGAUGCUUGGUUACCUUGGCUCGGCUCGGAGACGAGAGCACCAACCAAAGCCAAGUUUGUCUGCUUGACUGUUUUUAGGAUCACCAAGGGACGGACGAUUUCUGACGGUCCCAAAGUUCCUCCUCUCCGACUCUCGCAUCUCGUCUCUCUUCAUCAUCAAGGAUUCUAGAGUACUACUAGGCGACACAAAGACCCACACCCACCCAUUGGAAUUUGGAAGCUUCAACCAAAUUGAAACGUGACGAUUUUUUUUGUACACCUUUGACUGGUCCUAUAAAAAUCUUACCUUUCUCUUCC